UAGAAACCGCGGGUUUUGGAAUUUUUCACCCAGAUGCUGAGAUAAAGUCUCUCAGAAGCAUUCGCAGCUUAUUUGGAUGUAAACUGUCAUGUUGGCUACUUAUGUUACAUGGAGUAUUCUUAACAUCUACAUGUUUUCCUUUUGGAUCACAAUUUGGUUUUUGAACUACUGCGAAGCUUUCGUUCUACCCGAAUUCCAGUCUCUACCUGAGUCAACUGUCUACUAUACCGGUAGUGAAACACUUGAAAUAUGCUGCGAUAUUUGGCCGACACGGCCUAUAGGUCACGUAACCUACUAUUCAACAUAUCAUUUUCCGUAUUCAACUCAUGUAAAUACUUCUGACCAGCUACCCACAAAACAUAUAACCAUGCCUCAAAGGAAUUUGUAUCGUAUGCCUCCCAGUCUCUUGUGUGAACACCAUCCAUCAGAUGGAAAUAAGCCACAGUCGUCAAUCAAUUGCCUUUGCUUUUCAAAUGCUUCUGUCGUUGAACAGUUUUCAGGUGAAGAGAUUUACUGUCUGGGUAGCAGCGAUUUUGGUUCAAUUUUAAGUCGACCAUUUCAAGUAUUAUUGAAAAGUCCAGUAGCUCAGAAAGUCUCAAUCCCCUCAGUUAUAAAAUACAACUUGGGAAAUAUUGCAGUGAUCCCUUGCAGUUUAGAGAAAGUACAUUCAUCAGAUCAAGUGUUUUUUACGUUAAAUAAUACUGAUAUUACGCAUCUCUUUUUCGCGGAUAAAUAUCGAUUUGUACAAUCUCCAUCUACUGGGCAUUAUACAUUAAUGAUACGGGAUUUUCAAUUCCAAGAUCAGGGAUUCUAUCAGUGUGGUUACUUUAAUCAUAGAUUGGGCAAAAAACGAUAUAACUCUGUAAUAUAUCAUCUCUUAGCUGAAAAUCCAUUUAAUUCCUCAGUGGCAACUAUUUUGCUCAUGGAUUUCAAUGGCAGUUCACCAGAUUCGCCUACCCGCGUUGAUUCUAGAAAAUCAGUGGUGGAGAUUACCGCUUAUGAAAAUCAAAAUAUUUCAUUAUUUUGUUUAUUUAAUUCUCCGAAUCCAUUUGUAGCCAAAGUCGACGACUACUCAAUGAAUGGUUUUAAUGAACACCACUCUUUUGACUCAUUAUUUGGCGUUUUAGACAUACAACAUUUAACAAUGAAAGAUGAAGGAUUAUACUUUUGUUCAGCUGACAAUGUUACAUCCUAUGCUCAUUUGCGAAUUCUAUCAUCACCUCAAUUGAUUGUUUAUCCGAAAAAUAUUCAAGCAAAUUUGGGUGAUUCUCUUAAUCUCUCGUGUAUAAUAAGUUCAAGAAAUGAUUUAACACCAUUUUGGUGUUUCAACGGAGUUUGUAAACAGUCUACAGUGUCUAUAAAUCCAUAUCACGCUAAUUUAUUAAUUGAUUCACUUCAAUUAUCAGAUAUCGGUGUAUACCAGUGUAUCGCAAAAAAUGGUAUCAAUAUGUGGAUAGAUUCUAUAGUCACAGUUAUUACACCUGAACAAUUUUUAUUGUCAAAAAGUCAAUUCGAUACAACUUUGUCGAAAAUUCUUGCGCCUCUUCAACUUGAAACUGAGUUGUUAGAAGUACAGUUUGGAGAUACAAGACAACUGAAAUGUUUAUCGUUCACUGAAGUUGGUUUAAACAGCAGUAAAGGUUCAGAAAUUAAAGAAUUAUUGUUACAUUCUGAUAAGGCACUCAUUAAUCUCUUAAAUGUACCUUAUCUUUGGAAGUUUAUUCAUGUGGAAUGGUUGAAAGAUGAUAAGCCUCUUCGUAUGUCAGUAUAUAAUGUCUCUGAUCAUGAGGAGUUGGCUUCUUCUGCACAUUAUGCAACCAAUGUUACCAUUAAUCAUCCUAAUGAUUAUGGAAUGUACAGUUGUAAUGUGUAUCUUGGAGAAAAGUUAAUACUACAACGAUAUUUUUACCUUAUAAGAUCUGAUACAUCUGCAUAUGCCGAUAGUUCUAGGCAAUUUAACCAGUUCAAUGAUGGAUUUGUGAAUUCGUCGAAGAGAUUACUGGAAAAAUCUUCACUUCAAGAUAAUAUACUGAAUAUUGACCAAACACCAGUAAUUCCAUUACAUCGUGUACGUCGUAGUCAAUCGCAUAGAAUUAAUGAAUGGCCUUUGAAUUCUGGACAAAUCACUUCCUUGGAUAUCUUGAAUUUAUCUUCUGCAAGAAAUACGUAUGAUCGGUUAAGAAAACCGAAUGCUACAACUGUUGGAGACAACUUAGCUGUACUGAUUAGUUGGAAUUCAGUCAACUGUGAUUUUUAUCGUAUUCUUCACAGAUCACGUAUUCCAGAAUCGGAUGGUUGGAUACAUCGGUCAACUAUUGAUGAAACAGUGAAAGAAUGCUGUAGCCAUGAUAAAACGUGUUGUUUAGAAAAUAAACAUUUCUAUCUAACCAGCCGUCAUCCAGGUGAACUUGUACCAGGAAAAAGUUAUCAGUUUCGAAUACAUGCCAUUAAGCAGGAUAAUGAUGAGAUAGUUGAUAAAAGUCCAUGGUCUGAUCCAGUCAGUUUUCAGCAUAUCUCAAAAGUUGCUCCAGUUAUAACAGAAACUGAACGCUUGUCCGAUGGUGGCAUAUUGGCACGAUGGAGAUUAACUCAAUCAGCUGUUGGUUUCCCAAUUGAUCAUUUCCUUUUACUAUAUCGUCCAGAAGAACGUUCUAAUAAUGGAAGAAUUACCUACAAUGGAUUUAAAGCUGUGUUUGUUGACGGGGCUGAUGCUAGAGAACACAAAUUACAGGCUUUAGAACCAGGCAAAGGUUAUCAAAUUGUUGUUUAUGGCGUGCAUACACCUCCAGGAUUGGAUCCACAAGCUACAAUUUUUACAGGUGGAUUAAAUGGACGGAAAAUUACUCAGUUUAGUCAUGAAGUAUUCGUGAAACCACGCUCAAUUUCAAUGGUGGCUAGUGAUGAUAAACUUGACAGUCAGGAUUCUGAUUUGCGUUCAACAUCCAAAUCACGUGAUCACUACAAUAAUAAUAAAAAUAUAGUUGCAUUUAAUUCAAUGGAAUCGAAUAAAUUAAUGUUUCUUAUUUUGGGUGCUCUUACCAGUGUAAUGCUUUUAAUUAUGAUCUGUCUAGUUGUAUUGUGUAUAUGCCGUCAACGACGAGAUAAACAUCGUUUAGUGAUCAAUCGUGCUAGUGGUGUUUGUGACAAUUACAAUCUACCUUGUAAUCAAGCUACCGACAAAAAUUUGAAAAAAGGCAAUCUUAGUGGUGGAUUUCUACUGGAUAACUUACACUCCACUCCUCUGACAACUUCACCUAAUGUCACCAAUGACAAUCAUCGAGUCAUGGAUGUCAAUUUUGAACAAAAUGUUAAAAGAACAGGUGUACAGUUGUUCCCCUCGCGACCGCCACCAAUGAGUCCAGCACCUCCGCCUCCACCUAAAUAUUUAACUAGAAAUGAAAAUUUCGAGUUAAGAAGUUUAAUCUCCAGCAAUGAUGAAAAUAAUAAUAAUAACAUUAAUAAUCAGCAGUCUGUGGAUAUGCUGUCUAAAUCCUACUACUAUCCUGUACAUAGAAAUAUGAAUUGUCUGGAUUAUCCAGUCAGCAGCCCAUCUUGUCAUACAAUAAUGAAUCAUACAAAUAAUCAUGAUGAUGAUGUUGUAGACAGCUCAUUUGCAAAUCCGCAUUUAUUAUUAACAUCAUCGUGUACUGAUAAAUCUAUGAUUGAUUCAUCAGGGCUUAUGGAAAAUGCAACAAAUCAUAAAGAUUCAAGCUAUUUGCUCCAGUCUGCAAUGUUGAAUGGUUUAAAACGUGAACCGCCAAGCGGUGGUUCAAUGCAUGGUGGUACUGAUGAUGAAUUUGGUUUACCUGAGAAAGAUGCUGUAAGCAAUCGAUCUCAUCAGCAGUGUGAACAACCGCAUUCUACAGAAUUCUGUUCUUAUUCACAUUUAAAUCCAAACUUAUAUCAUUCAUAUCAUAAUGACAAUGAUGUAAGUGCACAACAGCAGCAAUAUCAACGUAAUGGUUGUAACCUGUACGCCGAGGAAUCCAAUUCUCCUCCAUUCAUGAUGAAUUUUAAUCAUUUAAUGAUGAGUGGAAAUCAUUAUCUUCCACAACAGCAACAACAACAACAACCAAUGAACAUUAUGUUUACUUCUUGUAUUCCUAAUUAUGAUCCUGGCUUACUAACACCACCAUCACCAUCUAAUCCAGUUAACUUUAAUAAAGAUUAUAAUGAUAAUAAUAAUAAUACAACAACAACAACAACAGUCAUCACGUGGAUAUGUACAACAGUCAUUAAACAUCCCAGAGAAUGUCAUCAUCCACGUUCACAUUCAUUUCAUGUCAGUCAUACUAGUCAUCAAUCAAAAUUACCAUCAUCAUCCCUGCAUAUUCAUCCUGAUAUAAUGGCUGCUGCCAGUAGUAGUACUAAUCCAGAUAAAAACUUAAAAUACUUUGGUUUAAGUCAAUCAACCAAUCGUCGUUAUAUGAAUCGUUCAGUUCAACAUGGUAGUAAUCCACCGACACAACAGAUUUCUAACACCUGUCUCUUCAACUUUCAAAUCUUUAGAAGUUUUUUAAUUACUACUAUCAGGUAUUCAAUUUAUUCCUAUUCAACCAUGAAACUAAAUUGAUACUCAGGAAAUGUGCAAUUGUUUGUUAAUAUUCUCUUCGAAUCGCUAACUUCAUAUCCUUAAGAUCAUGAUGUGCUUUCGUCCAAAGUAUACGAAUUAUUAAUCAUCAUAGCGACUAUUUUCUCUCUCUCUCUCUCUAGUGUGAUGCAAUCACCACCAUCAUCUUGCCAGAGAACGUUGAAAUAAUUCGAUGUUUUCAAUUUCUUUUUUUUUUGAGAAUAUUCCUUUAUAUUGAUUGAUCAUAGUGUGGAUUAUUUUUAUUACUAUCAUUAUUAUCUCACUUCUGACAAUACUAGUAAUAAUAUUGGUAUUCUUUAAGUUAUAUGAUAGCUUCCUUCCCUUUAAUAAUUUCAAUCAUGCCUGUAGGUGUGUCAGUUCUUUGCACAUAGUAUUGUUGUUAUUGCUGUUGUUUGUUCAAAGUGCAUUUUGUUUUCUGUUUAUUUUUGAAUAUAACUUUUUAUUUAUUCAUUGAAUAAUGAACUUGUAAAACUGUGUUUUAUAGGAAUUAUUGUUUUGUUUGUGUUUUUAUUGUGCUUGUUUCAUUCACUGUCUGUUUUUCUUUCAAAAAACCUGACUAGUCACCAUUUUGAAUUCUUUCUUUUUGGUACUUAACUCCUCCACUGUUCACAUUACUCCUUCUUCAGUAUUUUAACUUACGUUAGUUUUGUUCUUUUUCAUUUGUAAAUUCCGCCGCUAGUUGUAUUUGUUUGUUUGCUUUCUAUCCAAUAGCGCCUUUUUCGUAAUUUCUGUUUGUCUGCUAUGCAAUUCAAUUCUUUUCUUGUAUACGAUCACUUUAUAUAUUGCACAAUAACACUCUGUGUGCUUGUACAUAGUUCCCUUUUAUCAUCAACUUACUGCCCAGACCUGUAUACAUAAAACAUGUACAAUACACACACAUGCAUACUGUGUAUAUUUACCCUUAUCAAAAACAAUCAUUGAAUAGUUUUCAAUAUUAUGUUGUAAGAGUAUACCUUUACACUUUCUUUUAUUUGAAUCAUUUAUCUCUUGUAUAGCAUAUUUCCUAAUCUAUUGAAACUUGAUCAACGGGAAUGUUUGUAUAGGCGAAGAAGAAAAAGAAAACUAGCGUAUCUUUUUGUGUAACAGAUUCGAUCCUUUAUACACUUUGUUAUAUGUAAAUUACCAGCUGAAAGAGGAUUUCGUGUCUUACUCUGUUUAGCCAAUGAUCAACUAAAGUUGUUGUUUGUUUGUUUUUUUUUGCAUUUCUGCAGUCUAACAGUUGUGAGUAUGCUAGACAACAGUCUCAUUAUUGCCUAUAUGCUGCCAAUAUGUUUUAUGUUAUUUUUUAAGUACUUCUUUCGUCUUUUGAUAGCCUUGAACAUUACUGCUGGAGUAUUGUUAUUAUUAUUAUGCUUGAUAAUAAAUGAA